UCUGAGAAAUGCCUUCUAGAUAGUCCAUUCGCGAAGCGCUCAGACGAUGCCCCCAACAGCAAGUGGACUUCUGCUGCACCUUCACUGUUUACUUCACACACAAAGGGUGAAAGCUGGCAAAAGGCGGAGGGAUCUGGAACUCUUAAGUGCCAUGAAGAGGCAGGCAGACUCCACGCCAGUCUAGCAGCACAUCUAUCCCUCUACACGCCUGAAGAUGAAUAUGAUCUCAUGCUUGCGCCCAUUUAUCUCCCUGUCUCGUUUAAAAACAAUGUCGUCAAGUAAAUUCGCUGCAUGAUUCAACGGUCACGCCGUGUCUCCCGAUUACGCUUUUCGACCAUUUCAUGAAUUAACCUGCAAUCCAAAAUGAAAUUUCCAACGGAAAACCCAAGGAAACCAGGGAACUGGAACCCUCCACCAGUGCCAGUGCAGACCAACCUGGUGGCACCCAAGAAGGUCCAGCCAGGGAUGUUGCAGUCCAGUUUGGUGCAGGCCAGCGUGGCCACCAUGCAGAAUCCCAUGGGCUGCCCUUUACCUCGCCUUUCUGUCUCGCGGCCUGCUAGCAUGGUGGCCAGCUUGGAAGCAGUGGCGGACGGCUCAGCCCUCCUCACCGUCAUGAAGUGGAAGACUGUCCUAGCUGUGUUUGUGGUGGUGGUAACGUACCUGGUUGCUGGUGGUCUGGUGUUCAAAGCCCUGGAGCAACCCUUCGAGAGCAACCAAAAAGACACCAUCACUUUGAAGAAAGCUGCCUUCCUGGAGAAACAUCAGUGUGUGACCCCCGAUGAGCUGGAAGAGCUCAUCAAGCACUCUGUAGAUGCAGGGAACGCUGGUGUCAGUCCUAUUGGAGACACAUCAUACAACUCCAGUCACUGGGACUUAGGAAGCUCCUUUUUCUUCGCUGGAACUGUGAUAACAACAAUAGGUUAUGGCAACAUUGUUCCAAGAACAGAGGGUGGGAAGAUUUUCUGCAUCCUUUAUGCAAUAUUUGGCAUCCCACUCUUUGGUUUUCUUCUGGCUGGUGUUGGUGAUCAACUAGGGACUAUUUUUGUGAAGAGCAUUGCUAAAGUGGAGAAAAUGUUCAGGCGCAAACACAAUCAAAUAAGCCAGACCAAGAUUCGAGUGGCCUCUACAUUGCUCUUCAUCUUGGCUGGCUGCAUCCUCUUCGUCACCAUACCAGCCUUCAUCUUCAAGCAUAUUGAAGGAUGGACCGGGCUGGAGGCGAUCUAUUUCGUGGUCAUCACACUGACGACUGUUGGGAUCGGAGAUUAUGUUGCAGGAGGCAAUAGAAGAAUAGAGUACCGUGAAUGGUACAAACCGCUGGUGUGGUUCUGGAUCCUGGUUGGAAUGGCUUACUUUGCUGCAGUUCUAAGCAUGAUUGGAGACUGGCUCAGGGUGCUUUCUAAAAAGACAAAAAUGGAGGUGGGUGAAAUUAAAGCUCAUGCUGCUGAAUGGAAGGCCAACGUUCGAGCAGAGUUCCGUGAGACCAGGCGUCGACUCAGUGUGGAAGUUCAUGACAAACUGCAGAGGGCCGCCACCAUUCGCAGUAUGGAGCGCAGGCAGCUGGGUUUCGACCAGCGGGCCCAUUCCCUAGACAUGCUGUCCCCUGAACGUCGAGCUGCCUUCAAUAGCCUGGACACCACUCAUUUCAAGACAUCCUCCCAGGAGAGCAUCGACACAAAGCUCAACAACUUACGUUUACGAAUUGAGCAGAAUGAGCAUCGACGGAGCGACCCAAGCCAGGCAUACUCUGAAGAGAACAUUUUCAACCGCCUUGGUUCAGUCACAAAAAUAGCCAAGAGGAACAAGCACAAAGAGUUGAGAAAGAACAUCCCAGACGACGGUCGGAAAGCCUUAGAUUCCUUCACAUGUGAUACUCCCACAAUGGAUGAGGAGAAGAAAGAGGAAGAGGACGAUGAGCUUGAGAAAGAGGUCAACACUAGUCUAACCAACUUACCUCUCUUUGUGGAGAGCCCCAAUAUACAAAAUGGAUUCAUGCCUCUACCGCCACAGACCAAAGAGGAAGAAAACGAGAUAAAACUUGAAGACGAGGAGUUCCAUUUGCAGUUGGAGCCCUAGAGGGAACUGUGUUGAAAAAUAAUACAUUCCUAAAGUGCCUUGCCCUUACCCUGAGCUGAGAUGUGAGAAUCUCAAUUUCUGCUGUUCAUUUAGCUGUUCACUGUGUCCUGAUAACUUGAUAAUGGAAAUAUGGAAACAUUAGCACUGGAAACAGCUGUGGUUCCCUUCUUCAGACCACUGAAAAAUGCUUGUGUAAGUUGGAAAGAAUCUCUCCAAACGUUCUGGACAACAAACUAAAAAUCUGUAGCUAGCUACAUUGGCGGGUUGUUUGUAGUGUGAAGGUUUCAAUGGGUUUUUUUUUUUUUCAGCCAGACUGUACUUCAAGGUCAUUUGCACAGUUUUCAUAGUUUGAAAUUUUAGGACAAUGGGACAGAAGAGAAGCCAUAAGGUAGAAAGUCAUGGUUGACGUCAUGUAAGGCUGAAUGUCUAGUAGAGUUUAAUCACAAAAUGCUGAACGUUUCUGUUUAUUUCAUUUAAAGAGAUAGUUCACCCAAAAGUUUUGCUCCAAACCUGUAUGACUUGUGUUCUGACUCUGUGUUAGUGUUUCAAAUGUUUUGUCUAUAUACAAUUAAAGUCAGUGAAAUCCAAAGCAACCUAUGUAGAGGGCACUUUUCCAUUUUUGGGCAUCAUGUCCCUUCAAGUCAUUAGCUG